AUAUCCCAAGUGUCAACGCUAACAAUACGCACGCGACCCACCAAACUCACAGACAGAUAAAGCGAUCGAUAUAAUGAGCACCUUGACGAUGGCGGUGCCUGUAGAUGCUGAAGUUGUAAUAGCUACAGUGGUGUUGGACAUCGCGCGCGACUUCCUUAGCCUCGCGGAUGCCUUGACGACGGAACCACGCUUCGCCGCCCAAGUUGCUUCUGUAGCGGUUCAUGACGAGUUCUCGCGCUUCAAGCUAUGGGCAGGAAACAUAGCAGCGCACCAGAAAGGCAGACGAUCCUUGGAGUAUCGAUUACGUGAUGCCGCCCAUCUCAAAACAGAGACUCAUAACCUGCUUGAUGCUCUUUCAAGCGCUUUGCAUAAUGCUUUGGCGAUCGUCAAAGGGGAGAGGGUACCUUGGGAUGACUUCUCCGGCUCUGACUCUGAGCUGUCUGACGAUGACGAAUCGAGCAAUGACCUCCAGGGGAGCACAGAACUCAAACAGUUGUUGGCAAGCACCAGGACUGUAAUCACCUCUUUAUUUCGGCUCUCGAUGGCUAUUCGCGAUCCCGCGCCGAAUAGUCAGUCAAAGAGCACCAUCACUAUCGACAAAUCCUUCUAUCAACAGCAUGACAUUCAGCACGUCAAAGAGAAAUUUAAGGCUUGUCCGGAUUAUUUAGCUGAAAGGUUAGGCCGAGCCAUAUCGGGAAGAAGACAGUAUCUCAGUUACCGGGAAGAACAUCACCAGAAGUUAGCUAAAAACAUCGAAAAGAUUGGGUACGAGAGGCCCAUCACAGAGUUUACAACAAACAGCACAGAAGCAACUAGAUUAAAACGCUCUAACAGCCUCAACGUUUUUGACGAAGGGGAUGAUGCAGCAUCGCAGACCUCCUAUGCCACUUCAGUCAAUGCUACCAUCAGAGUUCCACCAUUACCUAAAGAAGCACGUAACAAGGAAUUCUUCGAAUGCCCUUUCUGUUUUCUGCUUGUAUCGAUACAUACUGCCACCGGAUGGAAGCAACACAUGUAUCGAGAUCUCCAUCCAUACUGCUGCACCUAUGAGCAUUGUACAACAGCCGACCGGCUCUACGACUCUCGAAGGUCUUGGUUUGCACAUGAACUAAAAGCUCACCGAACGUCCUUCGAGUGUGUCGAGGGAUGCGAGAAGACCUUCCAGGUGGACUCGGAGUUCGAGAGCCAUGUGCAGAAAAACCAUCCAGACUUAGCUUCAUUAGAUAUGCUCUCGGCUCUCAAACGCACAUCAGCGAGAAAUGCCAGCCUUAUGGAAUCGACUAUAUGCGACCUAUGUGGCAGAACACUGACGCUUAGAACUCUACAGAGACAUUUGGGGAGCCAUCAGCAACAGCUGGCUUUAUUUGCACUUCCACCAAAUCUUGACGACACUGAAGAGGAUCUAAAAGAUGACGAAAAGGAUGCGCUGAAUCUUGACGAUGAAGAUGAUGAUGAAGAUAUAUCUGAUAUAAGCGACGAGCAAGAUCUAGGCGAUGUAGGCGAUGUAGGUGAUAGCGAUUACUAUGAGGCUACCAACGCAUCGGCUGGAAAUUACGAAGAGACUGUAUUGCAGGCGAACCCGUAUGCAGAGGUUCACUCAAGACUCAAUCAAUCUCCUCACGAUUUUGACCCUGUAGGGUAUUGGAAGGCAGAGGAUAUGACCUCCGAUGUUCACGAUUUAUCUGAAUCGCCAUUGCCACGAUCUGCACACGACUUUGCUUCUAAAGCUGUGGGAGAUCAGUCUGAUAAAUCCAGUAGCAGUUCUGAUGUAAAAUCUACACAGAAACGAGAACAUGUCAGCCGAGAACGUAUUACGAAUGAAAAAGGGAAAGAUAUCUCGAAAGAGACUGCAGGGUUAUCACUCGUACAGGAGGUACGUACAUAUUACCCCCCUCUAUGUUUGCGAUGCUCUUACAGCAUUACUAAAUUAUGAGCAUGAGAAGCUUGGGUGUGACAGCUUCUCUGAGUGUUCUGGUCUCGUCUUAUUAAUAUCAAUACACAACUUUGCUGACUUUGUGUAAUAUAGGCUACUAACAUUGAAAUUCUACAACAGGAGCU